CAGUGAUUGCAAAGACCUCGGGUGAUUGCAGACGUCUCUGUUUCGCUAAAGUGUUUGUGCUGGAUUUUCACUCGGUUUUCGAAAAGAAAAUUGAUUGUAUAAUAAUAAACUUUGGAUUCAGUGAAGUUUACCCAUAUUGAGACUAAAUAUAUCUAAGAAUGUCGGCCCCCUAUCCAGUAGACCCAAAUAAAGCUGGUGCUGCCAAUACUGGCUGGGCAGUCCCUGGUGCCCCUGCUGGCUACCCUGCUCAACCUGGGUAUCCCGCACAACCUGGAGGAUACCCAGCUCAGCCUACUGGAUAUCCUGCACAGCCUGGUUAUCCUGCACAGCCUGGGUAUCCUGCACAGCCUGGGUAUCCUGCACAGCCUGGCUACCCUCCUCAGCCUGCUGCAGCCUUCCCUCCACAACCUCCUCCUUACUCUGCACAGCCUGGCCCUUACGUAAGUGUCUCCAGAUCCUUUGUCUGCAUUAUUAAUGGGAAUUGCAAUUGCUAUGUACAGAUGUAAACAUAUCAAGUGCAG